CUGGAAUUAAAACUCCUUCACAUUUGCUCGUCUCUCUUUCACUUUUCUAGCUCAUUAGGCUACAAAACAAAACAAAACAAAGCAAAUGAAACAAAACAUUGAACAUCAAGGUGCAAUGGACGAUGAGGACGUCGAUGUUACAGAAAGGGAUGGUCAUUCGCGGAUACUUUUUGAGCACGAUGAAGUAGAGCAUUUCGCUCGACAGUUAGACGCAGAUCCUAUGGCCAUCGUUGAUAGUCAAGAAGAAGAAGAAGAAGAAGACGGCACGCAUACCACAGGUUAUGAAUACUACCAGCAAUUACCUCAAGACGAUGAUGGUGAGGAGAGUGGGAUGUUUCAACAGUUAGCGUCUGACGAGGAGGGCGAGACUGAACACACAGAAGUAAAAGAUACCCUAUCAACAGCAGACAACGAAACUCUUAUAAAAGCUGCCAGUCUGGAACUGGACGCAGCAUCUAGAAUGAAUCCAGAAACGUCAGAUAGGAUCAAGUCGAUUAUGACGCAUAUUCAAUUAUCUGACAAUGCUAUUCCAGAGUGGGCCAAAAAAAUCCCUGAACACGCCUGGCUACCGCGCGUAAAAAAUUAGUGUUUUCGCUUUUUUUUCAAAUUUUUCAGUAUAAGAAAAAAAAAAAAAAAAAAAAAAGGCCCUCUGAACGAAUCCAAUGCAAGCAAUUAUCAAAUUUAGCAAUAUUGGCCGGAGACAGUGACUUAUUAAGCGGCCCUUAUCAUGCUACAUCUGCUGCGUUCAUUGGUCAAUAAUGCAAACCGCGCACAUAAAAGAAGGGAAAAAAAGAAAAUCGCACACAAAAGGACACGCACACACGCACACACACACACACGCACA